AUGCCUUCCACAUCCCACCUUCGCAUACAAACUUCCUUUGAGCCCAUCUCUGCUGAGACCACUCGCUCCCACUUUGUCUCUUCCCCACCACAAAAGAAACAAAAGAUGUCUCUCACUCAAACCUACUACAUCGCCGCCUCUGCCCGCUCGAAGCUGGGUAAAGAGGCUUGCCGGGCCGACCAUGACCUCCGCCUUCUUGUUGGACACGCCAACCUUCUCGACAGCCUCAUGAUUGAACUUCAAGACGCCGAACGCCAACAGGAAGCAUGGUUCAACCAGACCAUGGCCAAGGCCUCCAAGGCUGAGGAGCAACGCCAUGUCCAGUGGGCCGAUAGCAUCGUCGAGGAGGAGGAAGAGGAGGAGGAUGACUACGACUCGGACUCGGACUGCGAGGAGGACUUUGACAUGGUCCUGAUGCCCCGACGCAUUGUCCAGGCACCAAUUCAGAUCACCACCACGGUAGCCGAAGACGACGAGGAGGACUUCUACGACGACAUGGAGGACGACUCAGAUCUUGCCCUUACCCGUGUCACAUCACAAUCACACUCGCCUCCCGAACUUGUCUACGAAGAAGACUCAGACGACGACACACCACCCGCAUCGCCGCCGCAAUCUAUGCUCGAAUUCUCCGACAAAGAAGCCAUGCUCACAACAACCUUCUACAACGAGAAGCCACACUACUUCGAAAGCGAUCACGCGCUAUUCAUGGAUUCGAAUUCCAAUGCUCCGCUCAUCCCAAGUUUUUAG